CAAACAUUGAAAAAAAAACAUCGUCUUAGAUACAAAAAUAAAAACAUUGCAUUUGAAUUUAAAUGUGUUUGCUUAGCUUUUGUGGAUCUUUUUUUUUUUUUUUUUUAAGACGCCGCGUUUAAAUUCGCGUUGACGGUGCAAGGCACGGUACAUUCCGAGGUCGCCGAAUUUCCCGUCCUGUGACUCGAGGAAAAACAUACUUCGAAUAUCUACCACAAGCGUUCAGUUUCUGCGCCCGAAUCUUACUCAAGUACACGCUAACAUCAUUAUUAAACGCGAUAAGGGCACCUCCGUUCGCGUUGGAGCCCUUGUGGUCGUCUUUAUUUCCGAGUCAGGACUCCAUGAGGCUCGUGGAGGGAAGAACCAGCCGCCUCUGGUUCGCCAUUAGGGAGCUCCGUUAUACUUCUCACCGUGUGGGCUUGUUUUCGCUUGCGCCUCCGUGUGAGCAAAGUUCGUGGUCACAACUGCCAGUUUAGCGUUUGUAUUUGUGUUUGAGGAGCAAACCGGCUUUUGAAGACCCUACAGCUAACCGCCGCCAUACGGCUGCAAACACUUUGCUUUCAGCCCGUGUUCGUCGUCAGUCCAAAGUCGGGGUAAACAACAAGUUUCCUUUACGAGUAAUUCCAAGCAAUGAAUGGAGAAAUGGACCCCACAGCUAAAGACCCCGUUUGGGAGCAGGAUGACAUGUUGAAGCUGUUGGAUGCCAUGAAGGGUAAUCUGCCUGAAAAGGAUCAAGCCAAGUACAAGACAUCUGAGUCCCAUCUGGACUGGGAAAAAGUGGCUUUCAACUCGUACUCUGGAGAGAUGUGCAAACAGAAAUGGCUGGAAGUUUCACGCGAGAUACGCAAAUUCCGAACACUCUCUGAGCUGAUUGUGGAUGCACAGGACUACAUCAAAAAUCCCUACAAAGGAAAGAAACUGAAGAAACACCCAGACUUCCCCAAAAAGCCAUUGACGCCAUAUUUCCGUUUUUUUAUGGAAAAACGAGCCAAGUACGCUAAACUACAUCCAGAGAUGAGCAACCUAGAUCUCACCAAAAUCCUUUCGAAAAAAUACAGGGAGCUGCCAGAGCGUAAAAAAGAGAAAUAUGUGAAAGAUUUUCUCAGAGAAAAAGAAUCUUUCAUGGUCAACAUGAUGAAGUUCAAGAAGGAUCAUCCCGACCUUCUAGAGAAUGGUAACAAGAAGUCUAAUGUUCCAGAGAAGCCCAAGACACCGCAGCAACUGUGGUAUAGCCAUGAGAAGAAGGCCCAUCUCAAAGCACACCCAGAUGCGACCACCAAAAACAUCAAGGAUAGUAUUGGAAAGCAGUGGCCACAGCUCUCAGACAAGAAGAAGAUGAAAUGGAUCAUGAAGUCACUGGAACAGAAAAAACUGUAUGAGGAGAAGAUGCGUGAGCUUAUCCAGCAGCACCCAGAGAUGAACAUCACAGAGGAGGACAUUGUCAAAUCCACUCUGACCAAAGCAGAGAGACAGCUCAAGGACAAGUUUGAUGGGCGGCCAGACAAACCACCAUGCAAUGGUUACUCAAUGUUCUGUGCUGAGCUGAUGUCCAGUAUGAAAGACGUUCCCAGUACAGAGCGUAUGGUCAUGUGCAGCCAGCGCUGGAAACUCCUCACACAGAGCGAGAAGGACGCGUACCAAAAACGCUGUGAACAGAAAAAAAAAGAAUAUGAGGUCGAGAUGAAUCGCUUCUUAAUAAGUAUCUCAGAGGAGGAACAGCAGAGAAUACUGGGUGAACAGAAGAUGAGCGGCUUUAAAAAGGGAGGCGAUGGCAGUCCUGCCUCCAAAAAGAAGAGCUCCAAAGCAAAGUCUGCAGAGAAGCCCAAGCCGCCUGUCUCUGCAAUGUUCAUUUUUUCGGAAGAGAAGCGCCCUAAACUUCAACAAGAAAGGCCAGAUCUGUCUGACAUGGAGCUCACCAGACUACUGGCCCGUAUGUGGAACGACCUUUCUGACAAGAAGAAGGAGAAGUAUAAAAAUCUGGAAAUAACGCUGAAAGCAGACUCGGAAAAGAACAGCGAGGAGAAAGGAAAACGUCCAGAAACGCCCAAAACAGCUCAGGAAAUCUGGCAACAGAGUGUCAUUGGAGACUAUCUUGCCCGAUUCAAGAAUGAUCGGAUGAAAGCUCAGAAGGCCAUGGAGGCCACCUGGAACACCAUGGAGAAGAAAGAGAAGAUUGUGUGGAUCAAGAAGGCUGCAGAGGACCAGAAAAGAUAUGAGAGAGAGCUGAGUGAGAUGCGGUCUCCUCCUCCAGUCUUUACCCCAGGGAAGAAAAUGAAAUUUGAAGGGGAACCUAAGAAACCACCCUCGAACGGUUAUCAGAAAUUCUCUCAGGAAAUGCUGUCAAAUGGCGAGCUGAACCACCUGCCCAUGAAGGAGCGGAUGGGUGAAAUCGGAGGUCGCUGGCAGCGACUUUCUCUGAAAGAUAAGGAUCGUUACAAAAAGAUGGCAGAGGAGAAACAGAGGCAGUACAAAGUGCUGCUGGAGCAGUGGCUUGCGAGUUUAUCAUUGCAAGAGAAAGCUGUGUAUAAAGAAUAUAAUUCUCUGAAACGGAGGAGUACAGCAAAACCAGGUGGCACCAAUGCAAAAGUGAAAGCCAAGGCCAAAACAUCUGAGGAUGAUGAUGAUGAUGAAGAGGAAGAGAAGGAAUCUGACGAUGGAUCAUCCUCUAGCGAUGACAGUGAUGAUGACGAUGAUGAUGAAGAUGAUGAUGAUAAUGAGGAAAACAUGGAUGAUGAAGAGGUGGAGGAUAAGGAGAAUAAAUCAGAAAGCAGCAGCAGCGCCUCCAGCUCUGACGACUCAUCAGCAUCCGACUCGGACUGAGCCAGAGCCGAUUCAGGCCAAGCCCACAGACUGCCAGAAAUGCUGUGAACUGAGCCACAAGUCACGGGUGUGAGCCUGCACUGCGCUCUGCCUACCACCAGAGGGAGAUCACCCCACUGUAACACAUCUGUGCCCACCCAGCUACCCCUCUUUCUCUCUCACACACAGUCUUUCCCCUGCUUCUGUUCUGUAUUCCCCUGUGCUUUCAGUUUUAUUUGUUCCUCUAUAAAUGUGCUUGGCAAGUUUUAAGGCGUUUAAGGCAAACAAAAUGCGUACGAGGAUGCAUAAUCUAAAUUCCUUCCUCUGACACAAUGCUGAUCACCGAAAAGGGUAAAGUGCUCUGCUAUUGGCUUGUAGUCAUUGAGGCAUCAUUAGGAUGCAUCAAGUUUCUAAUUUAAAGGUAGGAUUUCAGAGGAGAUCAAGAGCACCAGGUGCCAUUUUCUUUUUCCUAAAUGAGCCAAAGAAUCUCUAAGUUUUGCAGAUUUAUUUCAGGAGGUACAGGGGACCAAAUAAUUGCACUCUGAAGAAUGUUUGCUUUCGUAUUCUCCAUCUGUACCUUUCACUGGCGUUGUUUCUCUCCAGCAGGUCCUUUUACAUGCUCCCUCCAUUUUUGUUUUAAAAUUUAGUUUUUUUCACUUCUUCGGUUCAAAAAAUGUGGUAUUUUUAGGAACAAUAAAGCCAUUUUGAAUGUCACUGCAUGGAUCCUGCUGGUCACGCACUUGCUGCUUGUUCACAAAGCAUUCAUGCGCCAUCCUUCCCUGCACCUGAUGAGGGUCAGGAGGUUACAGGUGAAAAUGGACUAUUUAUUUUCAUCCUGUUUUAGGAACGCUGCCCCUUGCUGUUUUGUGCUUUCGAUGAAGCCACGGAACCAGCAGAUGGAUUCCAGUUAGCUGUUCAGAUAAUUAAAACAACCAAUGUUACGUAAUACUAGUUCUUCAGUUAAUUGUUCGCAGAAAUAAGCGUUUUGUUUUUUUGCAGACUGGGCACCAAACCGUCUUCUCAUUUGUUAAUAAUGGUUACAUAUUGUUAAAAGCUGAAGUUGUUUUCCCUCUUUCCAACCACUGUUUUCUUUUUAAAAACUUGAUAUGUUUUAAAUAUAUGAUAGAUAUGAGUUACCCCACUAUUCAGUGCACUUAUGGUCAAGCUCACAAGCCCAGUGUUCUUUCAGUUUUCCUCUGUCUACAUUUCAGCCAUCACCCUAUAAUGUCAACCACUUUGAAGGUUUUUCACACACCAGCUCAAGGAAUGUAAUGGAGAUGUUUUAUUUAAGCGAGGGGUACCGAUAUUUGUUGUGUGUUUGUAUAUAUAAACAGUUUUGAGGGUAACUGGUAUAUUCUCUUAAUUCCAAUGCCCUGGCCAGAAAUGGUGACUAAAUUAAGAUGGAAACCCACAACCCAGCUCCUGACAUGAGUUACAACCUCUUCAGUAUUUGUACAUAGCCAUUAACUAGAUAUGGGUGCAGUAAAUAAAUCGUUGCCCAUCAAGAAAAUCGGGCCUUAUUAAUUUGCAAGUAUACAAACUGAUGACAAGGAAAUGCUAUUUUUAAUUUGGGGGGAUAACAUUAAGUAAUCCUUUGACAACUGGAAGUUAAUCUGUAUGCUGUAUUUGCUCCACAAGGCAUUUAAAAACUUGUCCAAUUUGUUUAUUGAUGAUUUGAGUGACGGGCCAGGAUGGGAGAUUCCAGUGGACCUUUCUUUAAGAUUAGAUUUUUUUUAUAUAGGUUUUUCAGAUUUGCAAAUUGACUUGGGUUGGGUUCAGUGCUGUUGUAAGGUAUUUGUAAAUAUGGCUUUAUUCUUUUUCUUCUUUGUAUUGAGUGAACUUUAUUGCGUUUGUAAUUUCAGUUGGCUAAGCAAUCUGCUGCUGUAGCCAAAAAGUUUUUUAAUUUGGUAAGUUUUAGUUUUUUAUCCCUUCCUAUGUUUGUUUGUUUAUUUGUAGAAAUGGCAACAAAAAAAUAAAAAUUAAGAAAAAGCUUAAAUUUGUACUACAGAUUUGAAACAUUUGGAUGUUUUCUAUAGCAAGAGAUGUAUAUCCAUGCAAUUUAAAAUUUGGGCAAAUAAACAUUCUCUUAAAUGGUUUCA